AUGCUGCUCAAUCGUGUCGACUUCGACGUCUUGACACUGGGUCAGGUUGGAGUGCUAGUCCUACUUGCUGGAAUCCCACUGGUCGGCCUUUACAAAAUCCUGCACAAUCUCUUCCUCCACCCACUUCGCUCAUAUCCAGGUCCUCUCCUCGCCCGCGCGACGCUCUUCCCAUCCGCCUAUCACGCCAUCAAAGGCGACUUCUACCUCUGGCUUUCGAGUGCACACCACGAGUAUGGCCCCACUGUGCGCCUGGCGCCCAAUGGCCUCAGCUUCACCGACCCGGCUGGCUGGAACGACAUCUACAAUGCGAAGCCUCAGCUACCUAAAGCGCAAUUCAGCUUCCCGCCACGGCAGGAGGGGACCGGCGAAGGGAUCCUGAUGGCCACCGAUGAGAUGCAUGCCAGGUUGAGAAGGCUUAUAGGACCAGGGUUUAGCGGACGUGCUAUUGAAGAGAUGGAGCCGGUACUGCAGCAGAAGACGAGCUUGCUAGUCGAGGGACUGAGGGAUGCGGGCAACCAGGGAGAGGUCCCGCUGAAUAUGCAAGACUGGGCUCAAUUUGUUGUCACAGACAUCAUCGGCGUGCUGGCCAUGGGUGUCGAGUUCGAAUGCUUGGAGAAGAGAGACAUCAUAAGUGGCCCAGCUUACUUAAUUCCUCCCUCAAAACGAUGA